AUGGUUCGAUUCGAGAAAUGGCGUGUUGUCGUUAGUUGCUCGGUGGUUCCCGUUUUCUUAUUCCACCAUGUCGACUCGGACUCUGUCACUGGGAUGACCAUCGUGAGAGCAGUAGAGCUUGAGCUGGGCAUCACCUGUCCCACAGUAUGCUAGCGUUGGCUUGCUUGAAGUGCUGGAGCUGAGCGCAAGUGGCGACGUGGAAGUUACAGUUGGAGUUGAUAGAAAUUCUGCUCCUAAUAUCGAUCAUGUACUAGCAGACUGUGUCUCGAGGAGACUCAGACAGAAGCCAGGGUGAGGUUGGUAGUUUUCCUAGUGGUCAGUGCGUUCGUUUAGGCAUGGCUGCGAACAUCACCGAAACAGUGGCCACUGGCCUGCAAUCAGCAGGCGUUCUGGAGGAAACUUGGUCGUAUGUUCUAAACAACUACACCAAGUGGCAGAUAGCAACGUGGGGUUCGGUAUUAGUACACGAGAUAGUCUACUUUGGCCUGUGUUUACCCGGAUUCCUUUGUCAGUUCGUACCAUUUGUUCAGAAGUACAAGAUUCAGUCGGAGAAAAAGGAAUCGUUUGACAAGCAAUGGCAAUGCUUCAAGGUCCUCAUGUUCAACCAUUUCUGCAUCCAGCUGCCCCUAAUCCUGGGAACAUUCAUGUUCACGGAGUAUAUGGGUAUUCCGUAUGAUUACGAAUCCAUGCCAGCGUGGUACACCACUCUUGGGCGUUGCUUCUGCUGCUUGGUGAUAGAGGAUACGUGGCAUUAUUUCCUGCAUCGUGGACUGCAUGAUCGUCGUAUCUACAAGCACAUACACAAAGUGCAUCACCACUUCCAGGCACCAUUUGGAAUGGUGGCCGAGUAUGCACAUCCACUGGAAACAAUGAUUCUGGGCACCGGUUUCUUCAUCGGCGCACUCUUCUUCUGCACCCACAUUGUGUUCCUGUGGUGCUGGAUGUCGGUGAGGUUGCUGGAGACAAUCGACGUGCACAGCGGUUACGACUUUCCGCUCAAUCCGCUGCAUCUCAUACCCGGAUACGCUGGUGCCCGAUAUCACGACUUCCAUCACAAGAACUUCACCGGAAACUAUGGCUCUACGUUCAUCUGGUGGGACUGGUACUUUGGUACAGACGGAGAAUACAAACAAUUCUUGCAGCGACAGAAAGAGACCGGGAAAGACGAUUAGAGGAAAACUCAACAGACGGAAGCCGUAUACAUUUUAUCAUUAUUAUAAUAUUAUUUCAACUAUCUAUGGACAGUGCUGCUCUUCCACGGUCCUUAGAGGGGACCCAUUAGCUAAGAGAAUGAGUCAAACUUAAUAUUAUUUAUAACGUUAUUUCUUUCAGCCUAGGGUAACAUUAGCUAGCAUGUAGCAUUCACCAAGUACAAGCACGGUGAAAGAUAUUUUAUGCGGCACAAUCAUAGCCUAUACUUAUGGUAUCACAGAAUGAAUCUAAUCAAAUUGUAUACUUUUAGAAUGCCCUGAAAUUGUUGAUUCAUCGCAGAUUUUAGUGCACUUCUUGAAACCUGCCUUGGUGCUUCACUAAUGUUCUCCGUCCCAGUUGCUUUGCCAGGUUGUCCUUCGCAAUCAUGAAUGUUAUUGAAUUCACGGAAGUUUACUAGGUUGUAGCUCA